AGGAAAUGCUAGCCACAAUGUGAUACAGCACGGCCGGGGCGCUGUACACUGUAACGGUGGCUCUCUUGCACAGAAUUGCCAAACGAAAGCGUUUGUGGCGUGCACAAUCGCUGUGCAACAAGGCGAACUGAACGAGAAUUGAGUGCUAAACGCCAUGCAAUGAAGACGGACAUAUCGUUGGGGGUCCUUUCGCAUACUGUAAAGCCCAUGGACACAUACAAACAGUAGAAGUGUCUUUGCAGGCGUGCAGGCCAGGCCUCCUAGCCCAGCGGAGCUGUCUCUGUGUGUGAGCAGCAGGGGUGGACCAGCUCCCCGGGGCCUCUAUGUGAGUCUGGCCUGGUGAUGAGGUCCAACAUGUGGCGGCGGCUGGCGCUGGUGCUGAUCCUGGCGUGGGCCCUCCUUUUCCUGGCGCUCCUCUCCUACUUCCUGGACGCCCGCGUCGACGAACCAAUGGCCUCCGCCGGCUCCUCGCUCUCCAUGCACCCCGACACCCGCCGCCUGUCGUCCAUCCAGGCCUCCCACCACCACCAUCAGCAGCAGCUGCAGGCGGUCACGGGUUCGAGACCCAACCCGACGGCCAUGCGCGCCCUGGAGCCGGAGCCGGAGCCCCCCGCCGCCACCGCCUCGCCGGCCCCGCGCUCCGGCCUGGAGACGGGCCAGAACCCGAGCGGCGGCCCCUACGCCAUGUACGCCAGCCAGGAGGCCAACCGGGGCGUGGACUACCUGGACCCCCAGAGCCUGGCCGCCUGGUCCUCCUUCGGCACGGAGAACGUGGGCUCCCAGUCCUACCCGGGCACCCACAGCCGCGAGAGGACGCCCAGCGGACCCCCGGAGAGCCGCGGGCGAGGCGUCGAGGAGGCGGAGGAGGUGGGGCAGGAGGUGGAGGAAGAGGAGGAGCAGGAGCAGGAGCAGGAGCAGGAGCAAGAGCAGGAGGAGGCGGAUGACCGAAAGAAGAACAGGCCCGGGGGGGACUCGACAGACCCGGAGGAGUACUACUUCCUCAAGUUCGGCUCUGUGGUGCAGCGGUUGUGGCGGGGUCGCGUGUCGCCCGGCAUGCUGAGUCCGCGGCUGCAGCGCGCCAUGAAGGACUACCUCAGCGCCAACAAGCACCACGUGGCCUUCAAGGGCCAGCGCAGGCUGGGCCAGAGCCCCAAGGAGCUGCUGUGCGAGCUGAAGGCGCAGGCCCGGCUCUGGACGCUGGAUGGCUCGGAGCAGCCCUUCUCGUCGCUUGGCUGGGCCCGCCUGGUGCCUGAGCUCAGCCUGGAGCAGCUCUACCGACGGCCGGGCGUCGACGGCUUCAAGACCUGCGCCGUGGUCACCUCGGCCGGGGCCAUCCUGCACUCGGGGCUCGGCAAGGAGAUCGACAGCCACGACGCCGUGCUGCGCUUCAACGCGGCUCCGACGGAGGGCUUUGAGAAGGACGUGGGAAACAAGACCACCAUUCGCAUCAUUAACUCGCAGAUCCUGGCCAAUCCUAAGCAUCAGUUCGAAAGCAGUUCUCUGUACAAGAAUGUAACUCUGGUGGCAUGGGACCCUGCACCUUACACCAUCAACUUACACAUGUGGUACGCCAGCCCUGACUACAACCUCUUUGGGCCCUAUGUGGAGCGCCGGAGGCAGCAACCCCAGCAGCCCUUCUACAUCCUCCACCCCAGCUACGUGUGGCGACUGUGGGAUGUGAUCCAGAGCAACACGCAGGAGAGCAUCCAGCCCAAUCCGCCCUCGUCGGGCUUCAUAGGAACCCUCCUGAUGAUGGCGUUGUGCGAGCAGGUCCACGUGUACGAGUACAUCCCGUCUUUGCGGCAGACGGACCUGUGCCACUACCACGAGCACUACUACGACGCGGCGUGCACGCUGGGCGCCUACCACCCACUGCUGUUCGAGAAGAGCCUGAUCCAGCGCAUCAACACGGGGCCCGAGGCCGACCUCAAGCAGAAAGGCCGGGUCACGCUCCCGGGCCUCGGCUCCGUCCACUGUGAAGGCUGAACCCUUCCGCAUCCGCGUCCGAGGACGACCAAUACCACAAUAAUGUGCUACAAACGCCCACACACACACACAUACACACAAGCACACGCGCACACACACAAACACACACACACAUCCCCCCCCCCCCCCACCCCUUUGGCUGACAAGGGGGAGGAGUGCAAUAAUGCCACAGGAGAUAAGGGGUUUGUCGGUGAUGGAGGGUUGGGGGGGCUACAACACAAGGAAAUAUAUAUACAGAAGAUCAGACCCAUGAUGAACACUAAGCCAUAACCCCGUAAAGGUGGGAUCAACUUUGGGGCAUUGGGAGAAGACGUCAUCUCCGUCUCCUUAACCUGGCGUGUCAGGUGUUUUUUUGUGUUUGAAGCGACAGGCGGUUGCACCACUGUUCCAAACGGACUUCCUGCUUCAGCUGAGCCAUGUUAGCAGGGGAGCUGACGCGGGUAGCAAUAGGUCCAUGUUUUUAGGUCGUCGGUAUCUGGGUGUAAUUUGAGUAUUGUGAACUCUGUGUCGGUCGACACAUCUUUUGGGUGGUCCCUCACUUGGUCUAUCGGAGGGAGAAAGAAAAAAAUAUCACUGUAAUGUCGGUGAUUACUUUUUUUUAUAUUAGUCUACAGAGUUGUGGACAUUUACGACUGCGGUGGUCUGCACUGAAUGUCAUUCUCUCUGACACACACGCGCGCACCUGUGCGCACGCUCAGCUCAGCUUCAUUUAGAAGCUGUACAUCAGACAUACAUGAGUGUAUAGGUCAUCAGUAUUAUUGUUUAACAGGCUGGAUGUACAUUUUACACACAACAUUAAUAUUUGUAUUUUGAGCUUUCUUCAAAAUAUCCUGUCAAGUCAGAAAGCGGUUUCAAUUUUUUUGGGAGUCAAAUAUCAGGGUUUUCUUCUUGGUAUUGUUCUCAUCAAUCAGAAUUGAAAACACAUGGCUGUGCCUGUGUUUUAAGGCACGGCCAUGUUUUAAUUUGCAUGACAUGACGACACACCCAGGCACACGCACGCCAACUGGCAACGGGAUUGUCCCUCCUAGCACUUGAAGGUCGACAUCUGAAUCGAUCCCAAACGGGUUUGUCGGAGAGGCAGUCUGAGAACCCAGUGCCUGGUUGUCUACAGAACACAACCCUGGAGAAACAUGCAGUAUCCACCCAUUCUUAGUGCUCCUGUCGAAGCCAGCGCUGUGCACUGUGCCACACAAUACGGCGCAUAUCAGCCCGCAUUAGAAGGCCAGACGGUCUUCUUCCCAUUGAAUGUAACUAUAAACCCUACAUAAUUGUCAUAUCUGCUUGGUGAGAGCGCUGCUGAAAUCGUGUCGGCUUCAACACGCGACUCACUGAACGCGUUUAGCUCUCGUGUGUCGUGCGCGACGGCACGGCCUCCGUCCCUUUCCGCCGAGUACGUACAGCCUACUCAUAUGUCCUGAAUCCCCCCUCCACGUCAAUAUUGAUUUGUUCGUUGUUCUGUGAUCCGCGUAAGCCCCGCCCUAGCUAGAUGGCGAACCUGUGGAACUCAUGGCACAGAUAUCCACAGCAGCCGGGGUCACCGGGUCAGGGUCUUGCCGCGCGUACGCAGCGAGAGCGGUCGGAGCGCCUUUAAGCUAGCACAGAUAUAUUGGCGGAGCAGCGGCCCAGCCUAAAGUGUUUGUAAAUGUCACGGGAAUGGUGUUCAUCUGUGGGCGGGAAAUAUCACCCGUAUUCCUCGAUUGAAUUUUGGUGAAGUGCAUUCUCUUCUAAAGAGGAGUCACUGUGUGCCAUAAUGGUGUGUGUGGUAGAUCCAAAUGUGCUCAAAAGUACGUCCUUGUUUUUGUUUUUUAACUCUUGUUCGGGUCCGCCUGGAAUAGUUAAGCUUUUGUAAAAAAAAAAGAAUAAAAAAAAAGAUUUGUCUUUGUUUGUUGGCAAUCAUGGUGCCUAGCAUUGUUCUGUGUCAACUGGUUUUAAUACGACUAUGCUUUAAUCCAUCUCCGCAGGAGGCACCUGUUGAAAGGAGCUGGCCAGAUAUUGAAAUUGUUUUAGAUGACAAAUCUCUGGCUUGUGUUUGUGUAAAAUAAUUAUUUCAUUAAGCUUGUGGUAAUGCAAUAUGAUAUGGAGUCGGUUGACUUUUUUUCCAUUUUUGCCCCAGCUUUUCCUUAUUGGUCGUGCAAAGAAAAUCUGUGAAUUUGUUGAUUUUAUUGAACAAAAGGGUAACGGAUAACAUUUUAAAUAUAAUGUACAUAAAUCCAUUUCGUUUUUUUUAUUCUAAUCUUUGUUUUUAAACGUUCCGAUGCACAGAGCAUGUAAAUCUGAGUGUGGACUGAAAGUCUUAUACGGUGUGUGUGGGUGAUUUAUUAUUAUCCUUUUUUUCCAGGGGUUUUGCCAUUACCAGUGCAUGUGUGUGUGGAUAGGUUGGUUGCCUUUGCAGCUAUUACCUUUGCCCUGGAAGCACUCAAAGACAUGCUGUGCCCUAUAGCAGAUACGACGCGUUUGACCAAAUGGUGCCAAAUGUAAAAUCUUUAAUGAUGCGCUACUGUGCGUUGAUGGCAGGCAAGGGGGCACUCCUUAAGGAGCUGGAGCUUCUUGUUGCGGCCGGAUUCGAUUUUGAAUUGAUUUACCCUAAAAAAAGAAAUACAUGAAAUAGAAAGCUCUGUGAGAUGUGGAUCUCCCUCUUGCUAUUGAACGAGGUACACCGUGCCUAAACCUGCCAACAAGGCCCUUUUGGGCUCGGAAGCUUGUGGAUCAGUAUUGCUCUCUCUCUUUUCAAUGGGCCUCCAUGACGUCUCCAUGUCACGUUCUGUGGCCGGUGCUGCUGGUUCCAACCCUUCCCCGCCCCGCUAACUGUUACAGGAGGAGGAGAGGACAAGAAGCACCCGGACACAAUGCUGGUUUCAAACUCUCUUCGGCCUUUGAAAAAAAGAAAGCCACCACGACCCGUCACUGAAGCCCCCUUUCUUAAACUUGAAUGAAUAUUUAAAUAACCGACUGUUUAAAUGAUGAUCAGCUUUUCUUUUGUUUGUUUUUUACCAUUCAAAUAAAGAUGUUGUAAAUGUACAA